AUGACGGUCUUGGUAAGUAGCUCUAGCCACCAUAUUGCCAACCUCCAUGCUCUCCAAUCAAAUGAUGCAAGUACAGAGCUGAGCGUCAGUCCACAUAUUCUUAUCUCUGCCCAUCCACCGCGAACCACGCCCCCGCAACCCAUGCCACAAAGAUCCAUCAGCAUCCCCCCAACUUACACUAUGCCGUCAGUUGUCAGCCAUGAUAUAUUGCUUCAAACAGAACAUGACACUAGUCAAGCAUCUUUUGUAUCUAAAAAACUAGAUGGCGUGUAUGCCAAGCAAACCAGUCGUAUCCAGUCAUUGGAAAGAAAUAUUGAGUACAUGCAAAAAGAGCAUUCAAAGAUGCUGGUACAACUACAUGAGGAAAUUGAGCGAUUGCAGGCGAUGGUUACAGAUUCCAACAUGAAAUUAGUCAGUGUUGCAGAAACUGAAGGUGUUGAGAGACAUGCACAGAAAAAAUCAGGACUUGGAGGGCUAUCAAUUGGACUGGAUCUACUAUCUGGGAAUUCCAAACGCACAUCUACUUUUUUCAAGUCUCAUGGUGAUACUUCACAUAAAACUGGAGUUGAUCUGAUUGGUAGAAUGCGUGAUUGGGUCCAAUCGGAUUCUGGUAAACCCCAUAUUUCCAAAACCAAUGUAAGCGAUGACAAGGUAGACGUAAGUUUAAGCGAGACGGGUUAUACUGGAUCAUCCGACUCUCCCAUAUAUAUUCUGGUUGAGCGAGAACGAAAAAAAUAUCAAGGCAUUCUUGAGCGUAUGACGGAAGAAAACAAACGAAAGCAAAGUGAAAUCAACCAUCUUCGGGGAGAUAUGGAUGUUGUUUGUGAGGUUCUUGCUCUCGCUGGACUCAAGUUUGAUAUUAAAGAGUUUCAAAAUAUUAUUCAAUCACAUCAGAAUUUACAACCCGGUCUAAUGGACACCAAGAACAGCCAGCAGCCUGUGGUGUUGCAAGUGGAUAUUGCUUCGAAAGCAUUUGUUCUUCCACCCAUUUCUAAAAAAGAAAAAGUGAGCGACAAGCUUGUUUCUACUGUGACUCCUGGUGCUGCCAAAUGCAUUUCAAAUACCAGUAAAGAGGUGAGUAAUUCCAAGACAGCAGCCUCCCCACCCGUUAUACAAGGAUCUAGUAGUACAUCAAGUAAAAUUCGUGCUAUUCGAUAUCGCCUUGGCAAGAAAUCUCGAUCCAUUGCAAUUGGAGAUACAGGUGUGAAUCAUAAACUGACCGCUUUGCCCAGCGAUUCAGAUCCAAUCUAUAAAGAGACUGAACAAACACCUCACAAUCAUCAAUCACAAACAAUUGCUGCAAUGGAAAUUGAUGAGGAGCAAUACGAAUCGGAAUUAGCUGAUUCUAUUUCAGCAAUACAUGUCUUUGAUAAUCUUGCACGUAUACACGAUGGGAAUGUGUUUGACUCGACCAAGGAAUAUGUGGCAGUUGAUGAAUCUACUAAACAAGUAUUUUCAGUAGAUAAUCAAUCCGAGGCUGAUACUGUAGUGGAGUCCAUUCCAACAACUUUGAUGAGUGUCUACCAUCCACCACGAUGCGUUCGUGUUUCAUCGAACCCAGCAAGUAUUCUUUCUGGUAGUAGUACUUUACGUAACAUGGACCCAACUGUUUGUGAAUCAGCUUUAAAUACAGCCUCCAUUACACAUUUUCAACCAGUAUCCAUCAGCCAAACAGGAGGCAGUUUACCUCAAGUUCGAUCAUUGAAACAACCACAUUCACGUGUAGAAGACAAAGAUGAAUUGAUGGAUCGAAAGUUUACAAGUUAUAAUGAUACCGAGCCCAUGAUGCUGCAGUCUCAAAAGAGUCCCAAAUCAACACACACGGGUGGAUAUGUUGGUCGACUUAUCAAGAGUCGGUUAGUUCGAGAGAAACAAAAGAAAAAUGCACAAAACCGGUCGUUGUGA